CCGCUGGUCCCUGACGGACUGACAGACUUUAAAUACCGACUCCGCCGGGAUCUCUGACAGCUCUGCGCAGCGGGACGCACUCUCCUCGGUCCGGACGCGCUCUUCCUCCUCGGAUGGAGCUGCUGCUGCAAUUCCUCCACAGUCUGCAUCGCCGCCGGGACUGAAGUCGUGAGCAGCUCCGGUUCUUUUUUCUUUUUUGAUUAUUUUUUAGGGGAAUAAUAGGACUGUUCUCGGUUCCGCCGUCCUCUCUGUCUUCCAGCAGGCCGCCGUCUCCUCCGUGACUCUCUGUUCCCAUGCGAUUCUUCAGACUCACAUUCAAGUGUUUCGUGGAUUGUUUUUGAGGUCUCUGUCCGAUCGUCGGUGUAAUUCCCUUUCUUUUAUUUCUAUUCUUAUUUUAUUUUUCAAAUUAAACCCCUGUAAUUCUGAGAACCCCCACCCCCCCCCCCAUUUUUUUUAAACAAUAGACUUUCUGGAUUUGUGACCUCUUUUUAAAAAAAUUAAAAUAAAAUAAAAACAUUAUUAAAUCAUCUGAAAAAGAGCUGGCGUCAUAAAUAAAAGACCACAGUCUGGAUCCUCGGCGGCACAGAGGAAGAAUCACGUUUCUUCUGGUUGUGAGUGAGGAAGAGUGAGAGGGGCCGAGGAUAAAGGUCCUGACCCGCUGUCUCUGAGUGACUGUUGGUCUGUAACUGGCAGCUGGCUGGUUUAGUGGAAGUCUGAGAGGAGGUGAACACGAGGUGUGGAAAACUGAGACUGUGAGACUAAAAGGAGAAGAAUAACUCAGUCUUUAAAGAGACAAAACCUUCAAAAUAAAAGCACGCUGAGGUGGACUGGUGUUUUACUGGUUUAUGUGGUACCUGACUGGUUGCUUGGAUUUGAGUUUUGGGGACUUCUAAAAAUACAAAAAGCCAAAUUAAAGGGAAAACACCACCCAGCCUUUGCUGACUGGUAUCUGACUGCUUUUUGGACUGAGAAACUGACUUUAAGGAUUAUAAUCUGCAGGAAUUAAAACACUCUAAAGUGGGAAUCACAGCUGAUUAUUCCUUCUGGUAUCUAACUGGUGUCUGGGUUUAGGAGUGAUUUAAAAAGACUGAAAUCUGAAGAAAAUAAAGGGAUUCUAAGUGGGAACCAUUGCUGACUAUUCCUACUGGUCUGACUGCUAACCUGAGUGGGAACUGUGGGGAAACACCUGAACAGAAAUAAGAGCUAUUGCAGACAAAACCUGCAGGAAUUAAAGGGGAUACAGAGGCUGACUAUUUGGAGCACUUCCUGACUGGUUCCCAUUCUGUGAAUGAUGGAGAAGCAGGCUCUUCCAGCCUCCUCCUGCUCUCUGGUUCUCCUGGAGGAGACCAAAAAGAGCCCCAUAACUCUCUCUAAUGGGGGCAGUGGCAGUAGUUAUGCCCCUGCGGCUGCUAAUGGCAGCCUCGUCCCGCUGACAGUGGGGGGGACAGGCAUCGCUGGUGGAGUGGUGGGCACUGCUUGUGUUGGACAGGACAAAAAAGGUGGUGUGGUCAACGGAGCGGGGCCUGGUUACCAGGAGCGGGAAACCUGGACGCGACAGAUGGACUUCAUCAUGUCCUGCGUGGGCUUUGCUGUAGGACUCGGAAACGUGUGGCGGUUCCCCUACCUGUGCUACAAGAACGGAGGAGGUGUGUUUCUGAUCCCCUACCUGCUGAUCGUGUUCGUUGGAGGAAUCCCCAUCUUCUUCCUAGAGAUCUCUCUCGGUCAGUUCAUGAAAGCGGGAAGCAUCAACGUCUGGAACAUCGCGCCGCUGUUUAAAGAAACAAAGUGUUGAACAUCUCGUCUGGUCUGGACGAACCGGGGAAGAUGAACUGGGAGCUCAUUUUGUGUCUGAUGGCUGUCUGGGUUCUGGUUUACUUCUGCGUCUGGAAGGGAGUCAAAUCCACCGGGAAGAUUGUGUACUUCACGGCCACCUUUCCCUACGUGGUCCUCAUCAUCCUGCUGGUCAGAGGGGUGACCCUGCCCGGAGCCUACGAUGGCAUCAUGUACUACAUCAAACCCAACUGGUCCAAACUGGAGGAGGCUCAGGUGUGGAUAGAUGCUGGCACUCAGAUCUUCUUCUCCUACGCCAUCGGCCUUGGUGCUCUGACCGCUUUAGGCAGCUACAACCGCUUUAACAAUGACUGCUACAAAGAUGCCUUCAUCUUGGCGCUCAUAAACAGCGGGACAAGUUUCUUCGCUGGCUUUGUGGUGUUUUCUAUUCUUGGCUUCAUGGCUGCGGAGCAGGGAGUCGACAUAUCGCAGGUUGCUGAAUCAGGUCCAGGUCUGGCCUUCAUUGCAUAUCCGAAGGCAGUCAGUCUGAUGCCGGUGGCCCCGCUGUGGGCGGCGCUCUUCUUCUUCAUGCUGCUGCUGCUCGGACUGGACAGUCAGUUUGUCGGGGUGGAGGGUUUUGUUACCGGGAUUCUGGAUCUGUUUCCUGGAAAGCAUUAUCAUCGCUACAAAAGGGAGAUCGCUGUGGCGAUAUGCUGUUUACUCUGCUUCAUCAUUGAUCUCUCCAUGGUGACACAGGGAGGGAUGUACGUCUUCCAAUUGUUUGACUACUAUUCGGCCAGUGGGAUGACUCUGUUGUGGCAAGCAUUCUGGGAAUGCAUAGUAGUUGCCUGGGUCUACGGUGCUGACCGCUUCAUGGAUGAUGUGGCUCGUAUGAUCGGCUACCGGCCUUUCCCCUGGAUGAAGUGGUGCUGGUCUUUUAUAACUCCAUGUGUCUGCAUAGGUAUCUUUCUGUUCCACCUGGUGAACUAUAAGCCCCUGACCUACAACAAUGUGUACGUGUACCCAUGGUGGGGCGAGGUGAUCGGCUGGUGUCUGGCUCUGUCCUCCAUGCUGUGCAUUCCUGUCAGCCUUCUCUACAAACUCUUUAGAGCCAAGGGAACCUUCAAAGAGCGUUGGGCCCACCUGACCACUCCGGUGUGGGGAGCCCAUCACUUGGAGUACAUGGCCCCGGAUAUCAAGUCCUUGAGCUCCAUGUCGCCUGGCAUCGAUGACAACAAAGUCAUCAUCUUCGAGAGUGUCAUGUAGGCAGGACUCCAUCCCCGUCCAUCCAUCCACCUCCGACCAGACAACCGACAGCACCACACUCGACCUUCAGCUUUACCUCCAACCCAUACAGAGGCCUCAGAAAGGACUCGAAGUGAUUGAUUAGAUUUGUGGACUGAUUGAUUGCCUUUGCCCUUCGAUUAAUUGAUUGAUGGGUCUCCUUGGAGCUAUUGAUCAGUUGGUCUCUUCAUGUCACCAAAAUAACCAACGCUAAAGAUUUUUUUUUUAAUACCUAGAAAAGAACAAAACAGAAGAGGAGUGACACAGCUCCUUCAGAAAGCUUCAUAAUUCCAACAACCACGAAAAAGAAAUACUCUCCAUGAAUGUGGAUAAAAUGCUAAAUAAGGGUAAUCUAAAGUUUUCACUAAAGGCAGAAUCAUUUUGUGUUCUCUAAAAAUACAAAACAAAAGAGUGUCUGCUGUCGAGGUCGAAGUCGGAGGUCAAGUUUCCUCCAUCACCGAUGAUCGGUAGUAUCAAUGCUCUUCUCUCUGGGUGGGUGGGAUGAAACGUUAACUAAUAAACUGCCAUUACAUACAAUCAUCUCAUUAAAUGUUAAAGGGACUUGUGCUCACUGAUUUUUAUUUUAAAAAAUGGCCGUUUAUUCACACAGAGUUGUAGACAGACAGACUGACUGACCCCCAGAAAAUUAACAGAGGUCAUUUGCUUUGCAACAGGAUUUAAUAAAUGACAGGAAAUAGUCUGAGACGCAGUCCCGUCGUCAAACAUAAAAAUGGAAGAAAAGAUCAACCGAGAACCAGAACUAUCGGGUUGAACGAUCUCCGGGACUGGAGAGUAAAAAGUUCAACCUCCUGUUAUCAAGCAAACCAGCGGUCCAGGAAGCCAGACUGUGCUCGGAGUCCUGAAAUCGCCCUCAGACACCCUUUGAGCACUUUGAUUGUUGAGGCCCAAAUCCUAAAACUCAAACUGAUGCCCUGAUUCCUUUUGAACGUUUCAAUAUAUCGGUGCAGCUCUGCUGAAUCUAAAUACUACAAAUCACCAGCUUUUUACUACUGAUCCCAGAACAGUCCUGGCUCCUGAGCAGUGUCGUGCUUCUCUGACCGCUGACCUCUGAUCUGCAACAACAGAUCUGAUCUCAGAGGGAAAUGUCCAGAGAGACUUCAGUCAGAGUUAUAACAAGGGCUUUAAAUUGAAUCCAAUCAAAAACAAUUAAUAAGAUCAGUAAAAUCUCCUCAGAGCUUUUAACCCCAACCAGAUGCAAACACACAGAUGCCGUCAGCUGUUGAAACUGAUUUGAAACUAGACUGAAAUCUCACUGGAUCUGACCUUUAACCCUUCCCUGUCAUGUGUCUGACCUCCCUGUGAGGAGGUUCAGGCCUGUGUGCGAAUCAGGUCAGAGGUCGGGCUUCGUUCAGUGUCCCCCAGGUCGACUGAAGUGCCAAAUGGGGCGCUGCCCGCCCUGCAGGGCUGAUCCUAGACCAGGACUCCAGGCUGCCAAAAUCAACCUGUUAGCUCUUCUCUCUGCCUCGUCUCUGUCUCAUCGAUGCUGCAGUCCUCCAUCCAAACCUCACUUCUUCCUACUGAACCACUGAUGGUGGCACCUUCCAUCUCACAUUCUCAGUUUCAUACGCCUAAACUUUUCCUGUGUGAUCAGAGUUCAUAUCAUUCUAGCCAUUUGUUUAAGGGCCUCCCUUUGGGUGUAGCUCCUCACAAACAAGCAACGCUGCCUCUGUAUGUGGUUAACCUAGUCUCCGCACAGUAAUGGAAAUUAGACAUUCACACUCUAGUGACUGCUCUGUACAUAAAACCACCAAGAGGUCCAAUAUUAGAAUCUAUCACAAAACAUUUAACAGGUUUCUAAGAUUCCUCAAGAAAAAGAAAUAUCGAUGUGAGAUUGUUUUGAAUAAAAUACUUUCUGAAUUGAAAUAAGAAAACUAGCAUCAAUAAAAUGGUAAUAUAAGUACAUCGGCGCUCUUCCUUACACAAUGCAUCGACUGAGUAACACUAACUCACAUUCAUGAAGUUAGACUGCAAAAUAAACUAAAACAAGAAAUCACUCACACACUGUCAGUCGUAGACAAAUUUAUGUAACUGUACACAAUUAAAUAUUAUUUGUAUAAAAUUAACAGCAGAAAAUGACAGUAAGGGGUCAUUUGUAUUGCUUAAACUGAUAAAUAUGAUUUAGCUGGGUGCUACACCUUUUUUUUUUUUCUUUAACUGAAAAAUAGCACGGGGCUAAUUUCUAGUGUUAAUGAUUUUAUAACGUUGGAAAUGUGUGAACCCUGUGCAAAUCGUCUGCACAAAAAAGCCCCAUACAGAUGAGCAGACACUAAAGUACUGACACACUUCAAAAAGUGUUUAAAUUUAAGAAAAAUUGCUGAAGUGAAAUAUGAACCUCAAAAUUAGCUACAAAAACUAUCAACAGGACUUCCACUGAUUUGCUUAGUGGACCCAAAAUGCACCUUUAGUCUGGAGACCAGAAAAAGACCUGAUUUGACUUUAAAACCGAGUCCGUGUUCACCUGCCGUCCGGUCAGCUGGUGGAGAGAUGAGAGCCGGAGGACUCAGUGUGGUGCCAAGCAUUGCCUUACAUUGUUGUCUUAACUCUAGAGCCUGAACGGUUGACUAGCCAAACCCAGAGCCCUACAGGACGUCCUGUGUACGGCUCUGGUUUAUAUCAAACCAAUCAGCAGUCUGCGGGGGCGUGUCUAUAACUCUGUCUCCUAGCAACCCCUCACCAUCCACCCAUCAUGGGGAACUAUAACAAUUAGAAUGUCAAAUAUGCGAAAAUCACCUUAUUUCAUAUGACCUUUUACAUAUGAAACAUUACUGUAAAAAAAAUAAAAAAAUAAAGAAAUAAUGUUGCUAGCACUUUAAAAAAAAAAGAAUAGUGUUAGAAAUCGCGUUUUGUUUUACAUAUUGUAAGAUGAAUCAGAGAUUUAUUUUAUGGAGGCUUUUAUUUUGCUGAUACAUACAAUAUGACAAAUAUAUAUAUAUUGAAUAUCUUUGUGUGUUAUCUAUAUUUGAUGCAGUAUAUAAUUGCGAUGAUGAUGAUGAUUUCUGGCUGAUUGUUCACGUUUAGCUGGCAAGCACAAGCAAAGCGGUGCCUCGAGCUUCAGGCUACCUCACUCCUCAUUCAGACUUUCAAAGCAAAUUUCUUUUGGCUUUUUAUGCAAAGUUUUGUCAGCAGUACCGGCUGGUAGCAGGAGGGGAUUGUGGGAACCUUUACAGUUCUCCGACACCAAUGAAAACAAAAAGUCAUGCUUUAAAACAACUUAAACUGGGGAUUUUUAUGUUGAAUUUUUUUUUAAAUUUAAUGUUGCUGAUACACACUGAUACUGCGAGGCCUUUGACCAAGUGUAUGACUAGCUAACGUGAACAACCAGCGUAGGGCGGGGCUAUUAUUCCGGCGGGCUUGCUGCGAUGCAGUGAUAUGAAGACUGUCGAGGUUUCGUGUGGAUCUGAGCAAACUUCAAAAGGGAAUUGUUGGGUUCUCUCUUUUACUGACUUCUAAUGUUCAAAGUGCUCAAGUGUUUGAAGAGUUUUAGCUUUAGAUGAUUUUUAUUCUUUGGGUUUUAAAUCAAUAUCAGUGUUCUCCCAACGACCCCCCCACGGCUCUCACGUCAUUACUUGAGUUUGAUAGAAAAGUAUGACAAACAAUCCUUUAAAGUAAAUUUGCUGAUAAUUGCUGUAACUGCCAUUUGAAGUAAUUAGGAAGCUCCUGCCACUCACUAUCUCAGUAUAGUGAGGUGGUCAGGCCUGGAGUGACAAUGCCAACAUGCGUGCAGCUGAAAAGAUAAACAAAACAAACACUAAGAUACUCCACCGGUUAGUUUAAGACCUUAAUUACAGCCAGAUACCCAAGAACGUAAAGAACAGCAUUAGCAGAAUCAGCAAAACAGACACAAAUCUGGUUUCUGUAUUUAAUCUCUGGCUUAAAGCCCUGUUCAGUCAGAACGGAUGGAGGUUUUUAAUCCAGUCAAAUAAACGAGUCGGAUGAAAUGGUUGAGUUCAAAAACCUGCAUCCUUUACAACAAUGAUAACAGUCGCCCUCUAUCAUGUUUGGUUUAUGCAAAGUAAGAAGUCAACAAAGCAUAAUGGACACAAACAAGACAAACUCAGUCAUUUUCAGACCAAAUGAAAACCUAAUUAUGAAGACCAAGUCCAAAGGGACUUAAAAAACAGUAUUUGGGCUGUAAAGUCAAACAUCAUCUGCAUAAAAAAAAUGCUUCAAAAACACAAUUCUUUGGAUUUGGUAUGACUUCUACUAUUCAAUUAUAUCAAUACCUCUGAUGUAAAUCUAUAUUAAAAGUUUGAUGUUUUAAGAAAAAGCCCAUAGUUAGCCUGAGAAUCUUCCUGUUUUCGUCAGAGUCAGUGACCUGAAAAUAAUUGUGCUUCUCGCUGAGAAAAACGUGAACAAAUCAAAAAUAAGGGAACAAAAAAUAAUGUAUAAGAGAAAAAUAAAGAAGGGUUUUAAAUUAGAGAAAGAAGAGGAAUCCUGCUCAUGAGGAGCUUGUUGUGGUUGGAACUUUUACAGUUACUACCCAAAUACACAAAAGACUCUCUUACAAUUCUCAAACAGCAAACCACCUUAAAUGGGGUUUAAGGGAAAGAGUGCAGAGCUCAGAUGAGCCAGUUCCCAGAAUGUUUAGGAUUCAUCUGUCGAUCAAACUUUUCAUAUUUAAAUGAGAAUCCAAAGCGAGGAUGCCUUUUGUGCAGCGUUCUGCUGCAGUGUGCUGGGACGUCUUCUAGGAGCCAAAACAAAAGUCAUCAGCUCAAAAAUACUUCAAUACAAACCCUUCUUUCAGUUAUUGUACACAACUAAUUCAAGAACGGAUCAAAGACAAAGUUUCUAAUUUUUAAAAUGUACAGAUAACUCACUAAGUUAUCAGUAACUAAUGUCACUGAUAACGGCUAUUUCAUUAAUAAAACUAAACUUGCAGCAAUAACCAAUCAAACUCACAGUUUAAUGUUCAAUGUUUGAUUUUUUUAAAAGUUGUAUUGUAGUGUUCUCGUCUUGUUUCCGGACUGGAGCCUGGGUGGGUCAGAGUGUGAAAAAACAAAAAGAAUCUACAGCCAUUUAAGAAAAUGAACAUGUAUGUUACAAAAUCAAUGUUGUUUCAUGUCAGUUUGUGUGCUCUUCUGCCAAAACACAUGUUGUGACAGAGUCAUUAAUCCAAAACUGUGACUGGAAACGGCCAGGCUGGAUGCUGUAAAACACACCUGCACAGGUGCAGGGAGGUGGCUCUUUUUAGUUUUCCUCACUCAGGCUGAAGUGAGUGAUGUCACAGGUGAUGGUGUGAACUGAACAUGCUAUGCAAACGGUUGUGCUUCAGCCUGCGUGUUUCUGGACGAACAAUCAGACAUUCAGACAACAAAAAUGACCCAAUGCAGCAUCUGGAUUCUCACAGUGAGAAAUGUUCUGGUCUCAUCUGGACUGAAGCCACACUUUACUAUUUUUUUAAAUAAACAGUAACUGAUGUAACUGACCUUUUACAUAUGAAACUUUAAUGCCUGCCUGUUAUUUUCAUUUUCAGACAAGUAUUUAAAAAUAAAAAAACAAACAAACAAAUAAACUGAUUUUUAAAGAGUAAGAACUAAAAUAAAGUAAAAAUAAGUCAAACAUCGAUGUGUUGUACUCAGAAUGUGAAAAUCUUUAGCAAAUUACUUUUAUGCAGCAUUUUGAAAUGCACAUCCAGAAUGUAUCCAUAGUUAAAUUUUUUGAGAUUUUGUGCCGAAAAUUUUAAUGCUAAUUUGCAGUUGUAAAAAUUAAAUCAGAAACGUAGCAUUAAGGACGACCACCACCUGAAACUUGGUGAUGGAACAACUAGCAGAGCAGAAAAGGCUCUUAUGUUCAGUUUUUAAGUUUUAUAUUUUAAUUCAAUAAAGUUAAAACUUUUAAAAUCUUAUGAAAGAGAACAGAACGGAUGCUUUUUUUACAUUUAAAUUUUAUCCCUGAACUUGUCCAUGUUGCUCCGACUGUCCGAUUGUUCACUUCAGGUUUUUGAUAAAUGAUACUUCGCUCAGCUGGUUUCCUUCAGUGGAGAGCGUUUAUUUCCCAGAAUCCUCCUGCUGUUCUCAGACCCAUGCAAAUUAGAUGACACUCACAGCAGAGAUGUUAGCAGAAUGUUUAGCGGUUAUUUUACAGCCGAUAAGUUGCCAAAAUAUUUAACAUCCAAAUAAACCAGAACUACGGAAGCCUAAAAGGGAACACGCAAAGAAACGAGAUGAUGCAUUAAGGUUUCGUUUCUUGACGGAACAGGAAGGUUUUCUGGGAAAAGCAAAUAACUGGUGCUGUGGAAAAACAACCAAAAAUAUCACUGUGUGAAAUAUUUUUUUGGGAAGCUGACCUCAGGUGGGAUUUUUGCAGCAGUGGAACCAGCAGGAGGCGCUCUCCUCCCCUGGGAAAUGUCAUCAAGUUUGGGCUGGAAACAGAGACAGAGACCCCUGACAAUUAAAACCUGCUGAAAUCAAUUAAGGGUUCAAUAAAAACACUGACGUGUACACAAGAUCAAGCUAAAAUUGGAAGUCAAGUGAGUGAAAUGACUGUCACAGUAGCUUCCACUGAAGGCAAAGUACAAAACCAAACAACCAUCCAAUCACAGUCAGGCAAAAGUACUGUAGCUAAACAUCAUCUCAUUAACUGAACCCAUUCACUGUAACAGAUUCUGAGUGAACGUGUACACGCAACAGACAGGAAAGACUUCAGCCAGCAGGUCCUGCCUCUGUCCCAGCUCAGACACAGCUACAUGGUGCCCUCAGUGUUGUAACUGUGUCUUUGUGAUUUGUGUAAACCACAGUCUUCCAUACAUAACUGUAGAGCAGACUCUUGAUUAAGUAGCUUAACGAAGUAACUAGUAGUCGUGCUAAUGAUAAUAACGUAACUCGGGGGCUUCAUGUUAACGAGUCACCAGCCAAAAAUUUUGCAGAGUCAAUGUUAAAGAGUUAACUUUGAGCCCUGUCGGUGUCACCUGUGUUUCAUCGACCUUUGACCCCUGCGAGGGUCUCCAUGCUGCCAGCUGCUGUGAUCACUGUGCUCAUUCACCACCCAGUAAACUAACAGCAAUAAAACUAAUGUCACAACAAA